CAGGGUUAUAAAUGGCAACCAUUUUCUAAACAUUGUAGGAAAACUGACAAUUAUCUUCAUUUGUAGGCAGUUCAACAGCUAAUGUGUUAAAACAAAAUUAUUCCCUUUAUCUCCAAGAUCUAAACAAAAUGUAGGAAGGUUACAACUGACUGAUAUUUAAGAAUAAAGGGCCAAAGGCCUGACAAAACACAGUCUCCAUCGACCAGAAACAAUGUCUGCACAUGAAUAUGAUUAUGAUUUUGGAAUACUUAAUGAUGAAAAUUCAACUCAAGAUGAAAAUAUCGCAAAAGGUAUUGUGGGAUAUUUGGAAAAUGAAGGCAGACUUGAGGGAUUUACUGCCACAAGGGAUGCUAUUCCUGGACAAGAUAUAUUCAAAAGUGUAGAUACGAUUGCAGAAAAAUGUAAAUACAGUCUCAUCUUGCUGUCGAAAGCUUUCCUCGCCAACAAAAACUGGAAUUCUUAUUGUCGACAAAUUGUACAAUUUUCCAAAAUCCAAGCAGGCAAAGCAGACCAUGUGAUUCCAAUUUUGUAUGGUAUUGAUCACAAAGAUCUCCCGACAGAGCUCAAGAUGAUUCGACCAAUCAGAUGGGAUGUUGAUCGUGCAGAAGAAUGCUGUCAACGAAUUCUGAAGGCACUUUUGAAAGGAACAAAGAAAAACGUUAUUGAAAAAAGCAUCAAUAAAAAGAAUGAACCAGUCCUGAAGAAAAUAGUCCCUAGUAUCACUACAGUGAAAGGACCCUGGGAAAGCGAUACACAUAGUUUGGUUGCAGAUUAUGUGGGCUACCAACUUCGAAAACGUGGUUUUGAAUUUGACAAUAACAAAGUCACCAAUCCAACACAGGCCACUCAAAUGAUGCGAAAAUUGGGCGAUAAAUUUCAGGAAAGAUACGGGGAAGUUUUCGAAGAGAUGACAAACCAACUUCAUGUUACUCCAUCGACAAGCCAUAGCACAUUCACAGCGAUCGCGGACGAGCUUUUCCAAGAUGGAGUUAAAUGGGGAAGGGUUGUAGCAUUGGUUGCAUUUUCAGGAUCAUUUGCUGUAAAGUGUGUUGAACUAGGUCUACCAAAACUUGUAGACGAAAUCCGUGAAUGGACAUCGAAGUACAUAAACAAAAAUUUAGCAGAGUGGAUGAAUAAAAAUGAAGGUUGGGAUGGACUGUUACAGCAUUAUGGGAUUGAUGAUACAGAUGGUCGGCAUACAGUUCCAGACAUUAAGAGCAUACUCUCAUUUGGAGUUGGAGCAAUAGGUGUAAUAACAUUGGGAGCAUUGCUAGCGCAAAGACCUGACACUUAGGUUUCCAAGGAGAGAUCUUCAUACAUCAUGUCCUAAAUGCAGUAUCAUUUUUCUAAUCAUUUGUAAAUAAGUCAUCAAGUAGCACACACUGGCUAAAGCCAAUGCAAUCUAAGUGGUGGCAGGUAAAUAUGGAGCCAAAUUAAGAUAACAGACCAUUAAGUCAGUUCAUGCAAUGAAUUCAAUCAU